UGGAGCAGAUUGUAUGUGACUAUGUCGUUGCCCCUGUUGUGAAAUUUAUUACACGUCAUAUCACGAAACACCUAGGAUAUGUGAUUUGCACCAAAAAACAUGUUACGAGCAUGAGAGAAAAAUUGAGUCUUUUGGUGGAUACAAACACCGAUGUUACAGAGCACAAGAACAGAAAUGAAAUAAAUAAUAAGGAGAUACCUGCUCGUGUAGAUGCUUGGUUGGGAGAGGUUGAGAAGGUCAAGGAUGAAGUCGAAAGCAUCUCAGAUGAUGCCAUUGGAUGUUUACACAUGAAAAAUAGGUACCUAGCCGGAAGAAACGCAUCCAAGGCAACUGUGAGGAUCCAAGAACUUAUUACAGAAAAUUCUAAGAUUACUUGGACCGAUGCCCCAUUGGCUACUGGAAGAGCCACAUCCUCCACCACUUCUACACCGUUAUCAUUGCCACCGGGUGGAGAUGACUUCAAGUCCAGAGACGUGCCGUUCAACGAUGCAUUUAAGCUCCUUCAACAAGACGACAACACGAGUCAAGUGAUAGCCUUGUGUGGAAUGGGGGGUGUAGGAAAAACCACCAUGAUGGAACAACUCAAAAAAGUUGUAGAAAACAAGAAGAUGUUUGAUUUCGUUGUGAAAGUAACUGUUGGGCAAAAUCCUAACAUGCUUUCUAUUCAGGAUGAUAUAGCCAUACAAAUAGGAGGUGAAGGUAUACGUGAAGCGACUGUAAAGGCAGAUACUCUUCGUACAAAAUUUGAAAAAACGUUAGAAGAUGGUAAAAAAAAGAUUCUAGUUAUAUUAGAUGAUGUGUGGGAGAAGGUUGACAUCAAGGAUAUUGGACUAACAAGUCCUUUGCCAAAAGGCGUCAAGUUGUUGUUGACAUCAAGAUACUCAAAUAUUUGCACACAAAUUGCGGCUGAUGCUUUUACCCUUCCUCAAGUAGUCCAAGUCAAUGUGUUGUCAGAUGAGGAAGCACAGAAGUUCUUUUCUGAAUAUACCGGAGUUUCUAAAGAACAUGAUCAAUAUCGGUUUCAAAUAGGAUGUGAUAUUGUCAAAAAAUGUGGUAAUUUGCCUCUUGCCAUCAAGAUCAUUGGCAGAACCCUUAAAUCUCAAGAAAAAUAUGUGUGGAGGGAUACACUUGUCCGUCUAAAGAAUCAUGAUCUUGAUGAUAACGUGCAAGAAAUUAUCAGUAUAAGCUAUGAGUAUGUAAGAAACGAUGAGGAUAAAGCGAUUUUUCUACAUUGUGGCUUGUUCCCUGAGGACUCUGAUAUUGAAAUAGAGGAUCUGGUAAGACAUGGAUGGGGCCUAAAGUUGUUUAAAAAUAUUUCCACUUUGGGAGAGGCUCGAGACAGGACAUACACAUGUGUGCGCAAUCUCGUAAAUGCAAAUUUGUUGAUGGACAGUGAACAGCCUGGAUGUGUUAAAUUGCACGAUCUUGUACUUGCUUUUGUGUUAGCAACAGUUUCCAAAUGUGAUUUUGCUUGGAUUGUAAACCAUGGCGAUGUGUCCACGUGGGGUAGAGACCAAAUGAAUGAAUCUUGCAAAAGAAUUUCAUUAACAUGCAUGGGUAUGUCGGAGUUUCCUAGAGACUUCAAGUAUCCAGACCUCUCUCUUAUACAACUUAUGGAUGGGGAUUUGUCGCUCAAGUUUCCGAAAGAUUUUUAUGCAAGUAUGGAAAAUCUCAAAAUCAUUGCAUUUUAUAAAAUGCAAUAUCCACCGCUUCCGACAUCUCUUCCAUUUUCGACCAACCUUAAAUCACUUUGUCUCCAUGAAUGCAAAUUGAUGUCUGACUGCUCUUUCAUUGGAGAUCUUGUGAAUUUGGAGGUGCUCAGUCUUGCUUAUUAUGGCAUCCGCAAGUUACCAUCUAAGAUAGGGAAUCUAAGAAAGCUGAAGUUACUAGAUCUGACAGGAUGUGCCGACCUUCAUAUUGAUGAUGGCGUCUUUAUAAAUUUAGUCAAACUUGAAGAGCUUUAUAUGAUAGUUUCUCAUAAGGAAGCUAUCCAGUUCAAGGAUGCUAAUCUGAAAGAGCUGAAGAUGCUUUCAAGCCAACUUUGUGCAUUAGAGGUCGAGUUCAUGAAUAUUAGCCACCUAAAAGAUUUUUCCUUUGAGAAACUUGAUAAGUUCAAGAUAUCUAUAGGCUGUCUAUUCAAUGGAGGACCAACUUCCUUCAAAAAUACAUUAAAAGUAAAGCUUUUGACCGAGCGCAGCAGCGACCUUGUGGAUUACAAAAUUGAUGAGUUGGUUAAGCAGUCCGAGAGUCUUUAUUUGCAUAUGGAGCACAUGAGUGGUCUUGAAGAUUUUGUUCCAGUCAAUCCUUAUGAUCAAAGCUUUUUUUCGUAUCUAAGAGACUUUCAUGUUCAUGGUUGUGGUAAGUUGAAAUAUCUCUUCCCAAUACAUGUGACACGUUGUUUCAAGAAACUUGAGCGCCUCAGUAUUUCGUCAUGCUAUGUUUUGGAAGCACUGGUGCAUGAUUAUGAAGGCGAGAUAAAUAGUGAAGGCGAGAUGAUCAAUUUUGAGGAGCUAAAGAAUUUAUCUUUAGAUUGCUUACCAAAGCUUGUACGUUUGUUCCCGGUUGAUAGUGUGGUUGAGCUACCACAACUGGUUAAAUUGAGUGUUUGUGACCUUCCCAGCAUCACUUGCAUUUAUCCUGACAAUAAAAAUACUUCUGCAUUGCAACAAGCACUCUUUAACAGUCAGGUUAGAAUUUCCGAGUUGAAAGACCUAAGUAUUCAAGAUAUGCAGAAUCUGAAGUGGAUAUGGCCGAGUAGCAGUGAGGAUGAAUUUGAUAGUAUUCCCAUGUUAAGAGACAUUGAGGUGGAAAAGUGUUAUAAACUUGAGAAUCUAUUUCCAACCAAUCCAAUGCGAUUAUUGAAACAUCUUGAACAAAUAAUAAUUUCAAAGUGUUACCUUGGAGAGAUAUUCAACAUAGACUUGGAAUGUUUUGGUGAAGUUGAACAAGUUAUCAACAUCAGCUUGCGUUACAUUUGGGUGGGCGGUUUUCAUACAGAGUGUCACGUGUGGAGUAUAAAAGGUGGUGAAAGAAACUCAAGUUUUCAUGACUUUGAUACAGAGAGAUGGGACAGAGAAGACGAAUAUGGUACUCCAUAUAUGAUACGUGUACAAACUUCGGACCAACCGAGUCCAAAUUCGAUUCGGUUAAGAAGAGGAAGAGGGGAGUACGAGACAUUGGAGGGAAAAGAUGAGAAUUAAUUGAGAAGGAAUCAAUAUGAAGGAAUUGAUAGCAGGACAUAAUUAAACAAUUGGUUUUUGGAUUUGUUAUUCUUGGGCUCUUUGUGAAUUAAAAAUAAAGGCCCGUAGAACUUCACUAAUAGGCUGUGGAGUUGAAUGCAUGGAAUAAAAGGAAAAAGGGAGUUCGCAAUUGGUGACUUUUGACGGCAGAAUUUGGUGGCAAGAGGUAGGACGCACGGAGAAGGCAGCUGUACACGAUUCAAGGCAUGAGCGUUUAGGUGGCUUGUUUCAAGCGUACUGUUUGUAGGAUUUAAUAUUUUUCUCAGUUUAUUCAUGUUUGGAUUGGUUUUUGACAUUGACGACGUCUUUGAACAAUUUGAUGUGUUGGUUUAUUUAAACUAUUUGGAUGUGUUUUGAGUUCUUGCUUUA